CCACCAUCACUCCUCGGGGCAGUGCACGCCUUCCCUGACCGCAGACCCAGGCUGUAAAAGGUGAUGAUGAUGAUGAAGAUCCUCGGGGGCAGUAUUUAAAGCCCCAGGAAAGCGGAAGCCUGGUCUGGGCCGAGUUAUCAGCUGACAGGAGAGAGACGGGGAGGUGCUGUAGUCGGCUAGCGCAGCUCAGACAGCUCUAGCUGAGCUGCUGCACAAUUGUUUUGUUGUUCCUUCCGACCUACAGUGAAAAUGGAGUGAGGAGACAAAGCGAGGCUAAAGGGGCGCUGAUGAAAGCUGCCUUGAAAAGUCACUGAAGACCGAAGAAGAGGCAUUGUUCUCUGGUGGAAAGCAGCAGACGUUCGCUCUCAUUGUUAUUCCCCCGUCCUCGGACCAUCCGGCGCCUAGAGCCCUCGACGCCAUCGCUUCUGCCUGUGCAGCCAGCGUCUGGACAAGGCGACCAUGACGACAGGCGGGUGCUGCCACCUGCCCGGCUCCCUGUGCGACUGCGCCGGCACGGGGGGCAUGUGGAAGAUUGUCGAGGAGGCGGGCGGCGAAGGAUGCCAGGCCCUCUACGUCACUCAGGUCACAGCGCUAGACGGGCGGCUGCUGUCCUCCGUGCUCAAACCCAUGAGCGUACAAAGCGACGGUCCCAUCUGCCGCAUUUGCCACGAGGGGGGCAGCAGCGAGGGACUCCUGUCCCCGUGUGACUGCACGGGCACGCUGGGCACGGUGCACAAGAGCUGCCUGGAGAAGUGGCUGUCGUCGUCCAACACCAGCUACUGCGAGCUCUGUCACACAGAGUUCAGCAUCGAGAGGCGACCCAAGCCGCUCACAGAGUGGCUGCAGGACCCCGGCCCUCGUAACGAAAAGCGGACGCUGUUCUGCGACAUGGUGUGCUUCCUCUUCAUCACGCCGCUGGCGGCUAUCUCCGGCUGGCUGUGCCUGAGGGGGGCUCAGGACCACCUUCGCAUGGGCAGCUGGCUGCAGGCUGUGGGCCUCAUCGCGCUCACCAUCGCCCUCUUCACCAUCUACGUCCUCUGGACCCUGGUCUCUUUCCGCUACCACUGUCAGCUCUACUCCGAGUGGAGAAGAACAAAUCAGAAAGUGCGUCUUCUCAUUCCCGAAGCCAGGGAGUCCAGCUCUUCCCAGCAUUCCUUGCUCUCUAACAAACUGAAGAAGUCUGCCAGUGAGAGUAUCGUAUGAGAGCAGAUGGAGACAUGUGGGAAGCUUGCAUCAAGUUUGUUGACUGGACUUCAAAGAAGCACUUUUGGGCUCUUUUUUUUAUUAUUUGUUUUACUUUUUAUUGCUUUCUUCCUUUUUUGCAUAUUUUGUCACUCCAUCUUACAAAUGCAUUCUGCAGGACCGCAUUUGUUUUUCAUCAUUGGAUGUUUGAUGAAGUUUAUGCAAAAAAACAAAACAGAGCAGACUGAGAGACAGCAUGUAAUGUUCAGAAGCAUACAUGUUUUCUGACUCAUCAUGAUGGAUGUGAGGAUGAUGAGGGGUUCUGCUAACCACAAAUGGAUUUUUGUAAUCGUCCCCCAUAGUUCGGCAACCUCACUUCAAAAGUAUUCACUCCCUGAAGUGUUGCCCAUUCAGGCAUAACAUCAAAUUAACCCUCUAUUGUGAAAAAAAACCCUGAAAAAUGUAGUUCACAUUUUUGAUACCCCUACAUAUAAAAGUGUAACCAGCUGCCAUGAAAAGACACCCAGUUUGUAACUGUGUAACGUCUCAACAGUAUUUAAAGGAAACCUUCUGCAGGGCUCUGCAGAAUGAUUUCGCAGUGUGACGAAAACGGUAACUGCACCCUAAGCGGGGUGUUUUGUGUCGACGUGUUUUAACCUGCUCUGCCUCUCUGCCGUUUGUAACUCACUGCCGUACGAGUGUGCUCUCAUGUUACUGACUGGAGCAGGUUGGAAAAAAACCCUCCUGUCUUUGAUUUAUACUUCACAACCCAGAUGUUGAUUAUGCAGUUUGAGUUUAAACGCUCGACUCAGAUUUUUCACUGCAGCAGUUUCUUUCUUUUUUUUAAACUCCUGGUCUAGUGAGGGAUGACUGUGUAACAUGAGGUUAUGCAACAAUAACACAGUGGAAAUUGAAGCUUUUACUGUAAACAAGGAUACUAACAUGCACAGUUAUGCAUGUCAAACUCACAAUUAGUGAUUUUGGGGGGGUUUUUUUGUUGAUGUAUUUUUAAAUUCACUUUAGACUGGAUAUCCUGUUUCCAGCUGAAGCAGGCUUCGCCAGCAAGGUUUUUGUAUCAUCAGCACUUAACAUGUCAGUGUUUAUUUGGAGGGACAGAAAAUAAAACAGCCUUUAAAAGAACAUUUUAUAUAUAUAUAUAAACUAGAGGGAUUUAUUGAUGUAAUCUGGAGUCUAGAGGGCCACAUAAAAAGCUACGGUGGGCCAGAUUUGGCCCCCGGGCCUUGAGUUUGACACAUGUGCUCUAGAGGGAUCAUAUAAGUGCCAGUGCAGGAAGAGCUGCUCCACGAGAACACCCUCCAAAUCGUCCAGUUGGAGUGAAAAGCGCUCGCCUCCUCAUGCCCAGUUCAAUACAUCAACUAUAAACCUAGCUUAUUACAAUAUUUUGUGGUAUUCCAUUUAAUAAGGAUAAAAAAAUUAUAUAGAGGAAAAACUCAUCCGUAUUUUUUUUGACAGUAUGUCUAUCACCCGUUUGUCAAAGCUUCACAAACACAAUGCCUUAAAGAUAAAAAAUUUCCUGUUGUGAUAUAGGCUGUUGGUAUUUUACCGCUAAUUUAAUUUAAAGCUUUUUGAUAUUUAUUGGAGCUCCCAUGAAACCAAAAAUAUGUCCAGACAACAGCAGUAAAAAAUCUCAACCAAACUGUCAGUUUUUAAACAUCAAGUAAAGUUUAUGCCAUAAAUCAGUUUUUAUCAAGAUGAUAUCUUUCAUACACCUAGAUCAGACUUCCUAGUUUGCUAUUAUCACAUAAGUGAUCAUGCAUGUUUACAUUGUAGAUGGAUCUAUUUUUCCAAGCGCAGUGUAGUUGCAAUUUCAGGAUGAAAACUUGGUUUUAAACACUAAGUUUACAGUAACCGGGCGGAUGAAACGGUCUUAUUUUUCCACCUCUUAGAUUUUCAGGAUGUGAACUUGUGCCACAAAAUGCUUCUGUUGGAGAUUUUGUAUAACAGAAAAGUGUGUUAAGGGUAUUCGAUUAUUAUAUUAUAUUAUUAUACUCCCAUAAUGUUUACACUAGCUUCUUCCAGUAAAUAUUUAUCACUGGUUAUUUAAAAAAAAAAAAUGCAUUUAAUAUCCUCGCUGAGACUUCACUGGAUCAUGGCUGUGAUUUCCUGCUCAUCGUAAACACCAGCAGCUACCAGUCUGUUGCGCAACAAAGAAAUGGAUUGACUUUUCCUUUAUUAAGUGUGUCUAAAAUUAUGCAAAACUGAACCCAUGUUGGCUACAGCGUUGCCAUAGAGAUGUAAAAAUCCCUAAAGCGUCUCUCUGCGCUGUGGUCAAUCUGUAUAUUCAACCCAUGAUUGUAAAUAAUGUAAAUGUCACUCGUUUUUCUAACAUUUCUGUCCUGUUUGUAGUUUUUGUUUGUUUUAAAGAGGCAGGAUUGUUUGUACUCCAUAGGUUGAGUCGCUGUUCUUUGUUUAUAAUAUUACGUUGUUUUCUGGUACAUUACAGGAUGUCUUUUUAAAAAAUCCUGGCACCUUCAAUCAGCCAAGAAUUGUUUGCUAAAAUGUAAUAAUAAAUGCUGCGUGGGUAUUAAUGUA